AUGACCGUUACUUUACGGGACGUUGCCAUGCUGACCGGGCUCCCGAUAAGGGGCACCCCGUUAGUACUUCCACGACCAGGAAAGGAGCAGUGGAAGAGUUAUAUUCACGGCAGGUUUAACAUGCAUUAUGACAUGAAGGAUGUAGGGCUCUCCAUGUCAUGGAUUCAUGGCCUACCACAGUUCAGCCCUUGCCCACCGGAUGCAGACGAGGCAACAGUUAUGCAGCAUUAUGAGGUGUACUUGUAUAUCUUUCUUGGAGGCAUAAUGUUUUGCAACACGGCAGGUGAUUAUGUACUUCCGCAUAUUUUAUGGUUAGCGCGUGAGCUCACAUCACGUCCGUACGAGCCGACACAUUACAGUUGGGGAUCUGCUGUGUUGGCUGCUACAUACAAAGGAUUGUGUGCCGCAACCCAACGGUCAACAAAGAUGGGAUCUAUUUCUGGUUGCCUACACCUUCUACAGCUCUGGAGCUGGGAUUAUCUCCCGGUGUGUCGACCGUGGGUGAGCAAGACCUACUAUCCAGUUCCCAUCUCUGACGGCGUCGCCGACGACAUGAGGCCAACGAUGGGUUAUAGGUGGCUUCAUGCCAGGCUGCGAUGGAGUCACCACCAUGACCAUGAAAACUACUCCCGGGUGAUCAGUGACCUUGAUGUCCUCAGUGUCGAUCUUGUGGAGUGGGAUCCAUGGCAAGUGUAUUCUCCUGACCGUGUGCAGAGGCAGUUUGGUCAUCGUCAGUUGGUGCCAGAGGAGUGCCCAAGGAAAUGCAAGCACCCACGACUGGGCGGAGAUUAA